UCUCUAAGCGCAAUGACGCCUCCCGAUCGCUCACAAUGGAAGCGUGUGGACGUCGUCGUGCCUGCAGGCCCCUUGGGCCUGAUCGUCAGUAAGAGUCCGACAGGCGAAGGUCACGUCAUCGUGGACGGCUUUCGCCCUGUCGGCGGCUCAGCCGAGCCUGGAGCUCUCGAGAAACAUGGCGAGAUCGGCUCCAACUCGCUCUUGUUGGGCGUAAACGCGCACGACUUUACGGACGCUGCAGCUUGUUGGAGCUUCGAGAAGAUCCGCGAGAUUCUUGUCAGUACCAGCAACGCCGAGCGCGUCGUACGCUUCCUCGUGCCGCCCCCACCUCCCGCUGUUCAGUUCGAAGAAAUUGCAGCCCAUGAAGGCGGUAAACGCUUCGCCGACGUGUAUACGCUGGGCAAAGAGCUCGGAGCAGGCACGUUUUCCGUCGUAAGGGAAGCUACGCAUAAGACCACAGGCGAACGCUUCGCUAUCAAGUGCAUUAAGCGGGCGCAAUUGUCAGCGGAUGACCUCGAGGCGCUUGUGGCCGAAGUCAAGAUAUUGCGGGAGAUGCAACACCCGCACAUUGUCAAGCUCUACGACGUUUUCCAAGAGGAAAAAUACUUUUUCCUAGUCACUGAGUACAUGCCAGGUGGCGAGCUGUUUGAGCGGAUCGUCAAGAAGAACUUUUACUCCGAAAGAGAAGCCAGAGAUCUGGUCAAAGUUCUUCUACAAACCAUCGCCUUCUGCCACGAUGCAGACGUCGUCCAUCGAGACUUAAAACCCGAAAACCUGCUACUAAGCAGCGCCGAGGAUGACGCAGACAUUAAACUCGCGGACUUUGGAUUCGCUAAAAAGGCGAUUCAGAACGGAGAUGCCGGUCUGUCGACAGCGUGUGGCACGCCUGGAUAUGUGGCGCCUGAGAUCUUGAUGUCUAAGCCAUACGGCAAGGAAGUGGACAUCUGGAGUAUCGGAGUCAUUACCUACAUUCUUUUGUGUGGGUAUCCUCCGUUCCACCACGAUAACCAGGGCGUCUUGUUCAGACUCAUUAAGGCUGGCCGGUACGAGUUUGACUCGCCCUACUGGGACGAUGUGUCUGUUGAGGCCAAAGAUCUCAUCAGUAAGAUGCUGAUCUUGAAGCCCGUCGAGCGUUGGACGGCACGUCAACUGCUCGAACAUCCGUGGAUCGCUGGAGACGCGGUUAAGGACGUGCAACUGACCACUGCGCUCGAGGAACUGCGCAAGUUCAACGCGCGUCGGAAAUUCCGUGCUGCGGUUAGCACGGUCAAGGCCACGAUUUCGCUCACGAAGGCGCUUACGCUUGGCGGCAGCCCGCGCAGCAACAAGGACAGCGAAGAUGAGGGGGAACAGAGGACGCAGAGCGCUCCUGCUGUUGUGAACAACUCCGCGGUGCCGCCCCCGGCGCCUAUGGAAACUGCUUCUCAGUAG